UGUUUCUCGGACCCCGCACCUUGUCACCGUCCCUACAGCAACACCCAGGAUGGUAACAGCAAGACCAGGGGACUGGCCAGAGCUGCGGCUGGUGGGCGGCUCAGGACGGUGCUCAGGACGCGUGGAGGUCCGGUACCAGGGGGCCUGGGGCACCGUCUGUGACGACCUGUGGGACCUGAAUGAAGCCGAGGUCGUGUGCCGACAGCUGGGCUGCGGUCGGGCCGUGUCCGCCCUCGGGAAGGCCCACUUUGGCCAGGGCUCCGGAGACAUCUUCCUGGACAACCUCCAGUGUGCGGGGGUGGAGCGCUACCUGGGCCAGUGCGCCCACUCGGGCUGGUCGGAGCACAACUGCAGCCAUCACGAGGACGCUGGUGUCAUCUGCUCAGAUGCAGAAGACCUGCCUCCUCCUACACCUCCAGGUCUUUCCACAGCUUCUCAGGAUCAUGUGACAGGAGGAAGUAACUCCUGUGGAGGGGUCAUUUCCAGUAUCUCCGGCUCAUUUUCCAGCCCGCUGUAUCCAGAAAACUACCCAACAGACAUCCAGUGUGUUUGGGAAAUCCAUGUGGCUAAAAAAUUCCGCAUAGAGCUCAUGAUCCCAACUUUAAAGCUGGAAGAUAUCCUUGGAUGCCCCUACGACUCAGUUGAAAUCUUCGAUGGCCCCAGGAUUGCCUCGCUGUCCAUGGGGAAAUUCUGCGCCUCUGCAGCUGUGAUGUUUUUCUCCUCCUCACACAUCGUAACUGUGGUGUUCCGGAGUGAUUCUGUGAUCACCAACACUGGCUUUUAUGCUCAGUUCAAUGCGAUUGAGCAGGGCCAAAGAGAGUCAGAUGCUGGGGACCGGGCUCCAGAUGUGAUUUCUGCACCUCCAGCUGCCAUUUCUCAAGCACCUAUCCCACAAGGAGGAAGUAACUCUUGUGGGGGAGUCAUUUCAAGUCUCUUGGGCUCCUUCUCCAGUCCUUGGUAUCCAACAAACUACCCCACCAAUGUGGAGUGUGUCUGGGUGAUACACCUGGCUGAGAAGUUCCUCAUAGAGCUGACCAUCCCCAGCCUGAAAUUAGAGCACAGCCAUGGGUGCCCUUAUGACUUCAUUGAAGUGUUUGAUGGACGGCAAGUUGCCUCACUCUCCAUGGGCAGAUUUUGUGCUGGGACCAAGCUCACCUUCCUCUCCUCCUCAAACAUCAUGACUGCAGUGUUCAGAAGUGACGCCAUGAUCACCAGCACCGGGUUUUAUGCUGUGUACAGCGCCAUCCACCAGGAUGAAAGGGAGAGUGGUACCGAUGACAGUCGGAAAGUAGAACCAACAGUGUCAGUCUCAACCACUGUGACCACCGCACCAGCUGUCUCUUCAGCCUCAAUGGAAAGGACCUCUCUACCUGAUGUAGCUUCAACCUCAGCAGAAGUGGACACCCCUUCUGAUACAACUCCCACUUCAAGCGAAGCACCUUCCUCACCAGGCUGCCAAGUGAUGCCCAUGCUCUUGGUCAUGGACCACAUUCGACGAGUAAGCUGCUAA